GACGCGGGGAGAAGGAGGGCGGCUCCGCGAUCCGCCGGCGGCUCCGCGCGAACUGCCCGCGCGCCCCGCUCCUGCGCCCCGCUCCACGGCCCGCAGGUGCCAUGACUCAGCAGCCCCAGGAGGGCUUCGACGGCAGCGUGGAGGACGCCCGGGAGUGGAUGAAGGCCGUGCAGGAGCGGCUGCAGACCAAUGACAACACCCAGGGGCCCCGGGCCGCCCUGGAGGCCCGGCUGCGGGAGACCGAGAAAAUAUGCCAGCUGGAGCCGGAGGGGCGCGUGAAGGUGGACCUGGUGCUGCAGGCGGCCGAGGCGCUCCUGGCCUGCUGCCCCGAGGACCAGAAGCCCGCGAUCCUGGCGCGGCUCAGGGACAUCAAGGCCCAGUGGGAGGAGACGGUCACCUACAUGACUCACUGUCACAGCCGCAUCGAGUGGGUGUGGCUGCACUGGAGCGAGUACCUCCUGGCCCGCGACGAGUUCUACCGCUGGUUCCAGAAGAUGACGGUGGCGCUGGCGCCGCCCGCGGAGCUGCAGCUGGGCCUGAAGCAGAAGCAGUGGCAGCUGGGCCAGGCCCAGGUGCUGCUGCACAGCGUGGGCCACCAGGCCGUGCUCCUGGACCGGCUGCUGGAGGAGGCGGCCUCCCUGUUCCACAGGAUCGGGGACCCCAGCGUGGACGAGGACGCCCAGACGAGGAUGAAGGCCGAGUACGAGGCCGUGAAGGCCAAAGCCCAGGAACGAGUGGACCUGCUGGAGCAGGUGACCCGGGAGCACGAGCGUUUCCAGGCGGACGUGGACGAGCUGCAGCUGUGGCUGCAGGCGGUGGUGGCAAAGGUGAACGGCUGCGUGGGGCGGAGCUGCUCACUGCCCGCUGGCCACCGGCUCUCGGCGCUGCAGGACGUCGCCAAGGAUUUGCCCCGGGGCGAGGAGUCUCUGAGGAGGCUGGAGGCGCAGGCGGUGGGGGUCAUCCAGAACACCUCUCCUCUGGGUGCCGAGAAGAUCACCCGAGAACUGGAGGAGAUGCGGAAAGUUCUGGAGAAACUUCGCGGCCUCUGUGAGGAGGAGGAGGGGCGGCUGCGCGGCCUGCUCGAGUCCACGGGCGCCUUUGAGCGGCGGAGGGCGCAGCUGGAGGCCGAGCUGGCGGAGUUCCGGAAGGGCCUGCGGAGGCUGGCGGAGGAGGGCCUGCAGCCCGCGGCCAAGGCGGGGACGGAGGACGAGCUGGUGGCCCGCUGGAGACUCUACUCGGCGACGCGGGCGGCGCUGGCCACGGAGGAGCCCCGGGUGGACCGGCUGCAGGCCCAGCUGAGGGAGCUCAUCGCCUUCCCCCACGACCUGCAGCAGCUCCCCGACAGCGUCGUCCAGGCCGUCCAGGAGUUCCAGAGCAUGAAAGGGAGGAGCGCCCGGCUGCGCAGUGCCACGGGCGUGGAGCUGUGGCGGCGUUUCCAGCGGCCUCUGCAGGAUCUGCAGCUGUGGCGGGAGCUGGCCCAGCGGCUCCUGGACGUCACGGCCAGCCUGCCUGACCUGCCCUCCAUCCACACCUUCCUGCCGCAGAUCGAGGCGGCCCUGGCCGAGAGCUCCCGCCUGAAGCAGCAGCUGACCGUGCUGCCACUGAAGUCAGACCUGCUGGGCAGCAUCUUCGGCCAGGACAGCGCGGGGGCCCUCCUGGAGCAGGUGGCGAGUUCCGUGAGGGACAGGGACCUGCUCCACAACAGCCUCCUGCAGAGGAAGAGCAAGCUGCAGAGCUUGCUUGCUCAGCACAAAGACUUCGGGGCUGCUUUCGAGCCCCUGCAGAGGACGCUCUCAGACCUCCAGACCAGGGUCCGAGCCGAGAAUGGGCUUCAGCGGGACCUUCCUGGGAAACAGGCCCAGCUUUCAAGGCUGCAGGGGCUGCAGGAAGAGGGGCUGGACCUGGGGGUGCAGGUGGAGGCCACCAGGCCUUUCAUCCAGGAGAACCCCAACCACCAGCACCAAAUGGACCAGCUUUCCGCCGACUGCCAGGCCCUGCAGAGGUCCCUGGAGGACCUGGUGGACGGCAGCCAGCGGAGCGCGCGGGAGCACUGCGCCUUCAGCCACGAGCUCCUGCAGCUGCAGCAGUGGGUGGCCGUGGUCACGCAGAAGCUGGAGUCCUACCUGGGGGACACGGGCCCCUGGGACGCCCAGGCCCGCGAGGCCGAAGUCCAGAGGCUGCUGGCUGAAUUCCCCGAGAAGGAGGCCCAGCUGCCCCUGGUGGAAGCGCGCGGCCGGCUGGUGAUGGAGAAGUCCUCCCCGGAAGGGGCUGCCGAGGUGCAGGGGGAGCUGGCGGAGCUGGCGGGGGCGUGGCGGGCCCUGAGGCUGCUGGAGCAAAGCCUGCUGAGCCUCAUCCGGAGCCGGCAGCUGCAGAGGCCGGACGCGGGCUCCGGGAAGACCCCGGUUUUCACCAACAACAUCCCGGAGGGCGGCUUUGUCCUCACCCCCACGGGGCCCCUUUCCAGGCGGCACCGGCAGGCAGACCCGCUCCGGGAGGCAGGAGGCGGCCGCGCAGGCUUCCCCCAGCUCCUGGGCGACUUCGAGCGGUGGCUGCAGGUGGAGAACGCCAAGCUGGUGAGAAUCAUCGCCAUGAGAACCGCCACGGCCCAGGACGCCAGGGCCAGAGACACGAAGCUGCAGGAGCUGGAGGCUCGGGUGCCCGAAGGCCAGCAUCUCUUCGAGGAGCUCCUGCGACUCGGGCCAGCGAGGGGCGCCUCGGAGGAGCUGGAGGAGCUGCGCUACCGCUGGAUGCUCUACAAGUCCAAGCUCAAGGACUCCGGGCGGCUGCUGACGCAGAGUUCUGCCGGGCAGCCCGCCGGAUUCCAGAAGACCCAGCGGUGGCGAGGACCCGGCGGCUUCCUCCGGAAGGUGUGCUGCGUGGCGCUGCCCCUGCAGCUGCUGCUGCUGCUGCUCCUCCUCCUGCUGCUGCUGCUCCCCGUGGGCGAGGAGGCCCGCAGCUGCACGCUGGCCAACAACUUCGCCCGCUCCUUCAGGCUCAUGCUCCGCUACAGCGGCCCCCCGCCCACCUAGCCACGGCGCACAGGUGACUGGCUCCUCCUCAGGACACGGGGGACACUGGACACGGGCAGGUGGACGGCAGAGCUGCCCGGAACAAAUACUGUAUGGAUGCCCCCAGCACAAAACGACUUUUUCUACGGUGUCGCCUCGUCUGUUUAUACUGCACGCGUGCCGUGUGUCCAGGACCAAUGUACAGGCUUCUGUGUGGUCUGCAUGUAAGGGCGCAGGGGGGUGGUGGCGGAGGUGGAUCUGUUUGGAGGUGGGGAAGGGGCGGCCCCGGACUGGGGGUCUGCAGUCAGCCCGGAAACGCAGCGUGUCGCUCGGGGCGACCUCCUACCCAGAAGCCGACCCCAAUCCAGGCCUCUGUGCGGCGCAUGGACGAGGCCCGCUCAGCGCCCAGUGGCUCCUGUGUUGGGCA